UAGCCACAGGGAUACACACACACACACUCGGGGGUACAGAGGGGGACACCGUGCAGUUGGCAUGGCCGGGGAGGCGCCCUCUCUGCCGGGCAGAAGGGUUCUUGUGUGCGCCCUCUCCAGCUCGUGUCCUCAGGCUGAAGCUCUCAGACCAGCCUCAGACUGGGACUGGAGAGCAGGGUGGAUCCGAGCAGCUUCCCAUCAAGACAGACUGCACCAGGAUUUGUCUGUCUUUGUGGAGUUCGAUGACCAUCAGUGCCAAUGGAUUAAGGUCUACAAUGAUGAUCUGAAGCUUUUGCUGGUGGAACACCAACUGGUCUCGGCUGAAAGGAAACUAUCAAAUGGGGUUCAGUGCCCUGCUUUGACGUUUAAAUGCUUGGUGGACAGAGUUGGCCUGGUGUCUGUUUCUCCUGUGGAAUUUCUCACUGAUAGGUAUCGAAUCUUUCUGCAGAAAGAAAAUUCUCUCCAACUGUUAAAGAUAAAUGUGGAAAACCAGCAGCUUUGUGAUGAGAUAAAGACUUGGUUCAUUAAAGAGUCGACUCGAGAUCUGUUACUGCACGGUACCAGAAACCUGGCAGGUUACAAAGUGAUGGUGUACGACUUGAAUUCCUCUGCUUGUUGGUUUCCAGCCACAAUUUCUCACCACAACUUAGUGAAUCGACUGAUUAGGGUCAUCAGUGAGCAGUUUCCUGAUGGUCAAAGUGUGGACCCGGCUUUGAUUCAGGUGUCUUUUCUGAACCAUGAAGAUAUUGAGGUGCUGAAUGGCGACUAUAAGAAUGCCGAAUGUGAUAAAUCCCCCCAUGUCCAGCACACUGACUCCCAGUGCACAAAGAGAAAGUCUGCAGACGGCAGAAAGGAUGGAACCAAGAGAAUAAAGGUUGCUCCCACUGCUGAGAGUGAGCCAUUGCCAGUGACCGAGGGAGGUGGGAGCUGCGAACGGAUUCUCCCUGUUUCUGAGACGGAACUGGUGACGGAGCGGGAUGAGGGGAGGAGGGGACUGUUCCCGGAUCCCGGCAUUCUCUGCACUGACGGAGCCGAGCCUGCUGUGGACACUCGGAGAGCAAAGCCUCUGUUGGGGUUUGCCAGCAGCCGCGCCAACUUCAGUAUGUUUUUCUCGACCUACGCGAGAGACAGCGGCAGAACAUUGGUGGUGGAGGAUGGUCCCAGGCCUGGGACUAAUCUGCCAGGUACCCCACAGGCUAUGGAUCACACUGCUCAACCACGGUGUGCGGAGACGUGCUGUCCCACACUGCACAGGUGCCAACACCCCGUGGAGGAGUUGAGUAAAGAGGCGGCCACUUGCUGUCCAUGUCAAGUCUCCAGGGCUGUCAGUGUGCCAAUAACUCCCUCCACGUUGGGGGGUGAGGUGUUGCUGGGAAGCACUGCUACCACCCCUGGGACAAAAGACUUGAGAUGGACAACACCUCCUCCUGCAAAUUCCCCUCCUACCAUCACUGCAGAACCACCUCAAGGGGCCAUUCGGCAGCAGAGAAUGGGAGAGGAACUCAGUGAGAGCGAGAGGGAAGAUGUUCCAGUGAGCUGUGGAAACAAUACCUCGAUCUUGCCGGCGUUCAGCUCGUCGAGGUUGUUUUUGCAGGAGGAGCUCCACGGAGCCGCGUGUGGAAAGGACGGGAACCCAUUAUCAGAAUGCCCGGGUAUCUCUACAGACGUGCCUUGUGAUGUGACAGAGGAGACGGGACCAUCAAUGGCCAACGGAGCCACCAACGGUUUGCCAUUGCCUCGAUCCCCUUCGACUCUCAGCCGGGAUUUGCCUCCCGAAAUUGUGCCGAAGGGCAAUGGUUUCACCGCGGUGAGCGAAGCCUCGGACGGGCCACGUUUUGUGACCCGGGGAAGCCCCUCGGCAGCUUCCAGUGAGUGUGCUUUUGCCGGGCGUCCAUCGUGGCCGGGAUUUAGUACAGACUACACCGUGAUACCCCGGAUGCCGACUCCCUUUCAGACGCCUGCCGACGGACGAGAGGAAAAAUCCGAGCGCAAGACUUGUUUUGGCGGAGAGGGUGAGGUACGCGGUUGGGCAACCAUCUCUCCCGGCGCUGGAACACCGGCUGACGUCCGGCCAACUUUGAGCCAAGGCGAGCUUCCAAUGGGCCGGUGGGAACCUCACCCGCCUGCGUUUACAGAGCAGCGAAUGCCACAAAUCACAUCCGAACCAGCACAGGGGCCUCGCGACCAGGCUCUGCUGCUCCGCUAUCAGGUGCACGGGGACGGGGACGAGAGCGAUGAUAGCACGGACAGCGAGGUCAGCUGCCUGUCAGACGCCAGUUUGGAGCCCGAGCCCUCAACUCCUGGAGGCUCCAGGGAUCCGGGGCCCCCCUUGGCUCCGGGAGCAAGGCCACUGGCAAGACCUGGUGCUGGGGGAGGAAGUGGCCCCGUGAGGAAGGUGCUGUGGUACAAAGAGAGACGAGGCCGAGUGAAUGUCCACCGCUCAGUGCUGAACGACCCUCACAAGGUCCGAGCGUUGCAGCAAAGCGGCGAGUCCUUCCUGCAGGACGGCUCCUGCAUCGACGUCGCUCCCAACCUGCACAAGUGCAGAGAGUGCCGCCUGGCCAGCUACCAGCGGCACAGAGACGAGGCCGACUCCACCGUCUUCUGCAGGUUCUUCCACUUCAGAAAGUUACAGUUUAACAAACAUGGUUUACUGCGUGCAGAGGGCUUCCUCACUCCCAACCAGUGCGACCCUGAGGCCCUUCGCCUGUGGAUGCCCUCCGAUGCCAACGUCGAGGGUUUGGACCUGGAUACGUCCAAGUACAUUCUGGCCAACAUCGGAGACCACUUCUGCCAACUCGUCAUGUCCGAAAAGGAAGCCUUGAAUCUAGUGGAGCCUCGUGGAAAAAUGGCCUGGAAGCGAGCAGUUCAGGGCAUCCGGGAGAUGUGUGAUGCCUGUGAAACCACCCUCUUCAACAUCCACUGGGUCUGUUCCAAGUGUGGCUUUGGCGUGUGCCUCGACUGCUACAGGAUGAAGAAGAGCGGCACCCAGCAAGAUAAUAAUGAAGAGAUUUUCUCAUGGUUGAAAUGUGCUAAAGGUCAGAUCCAUGAACCAGAUGACCUGAUGCCGACUCAAAUAAUUCCUGGUUCAGCCUUGUAUCAGAUUGGAAAUGUUGUGCAUUCUGUGCGAGGGAAAUGGGGUAUAAAGGCCAACUGUCCCUGCACCUCUCGGAGGACCAAAUCCCAGCACAGGCCUCACGAAGCUGUUCAGAGCCUGAAUAUCGCGGGGGGUUGCUGUGAGGGUCCUGCCUGUGCCAAACUCCCAGGGGGUGGGUGUGAGUGCCCACCGAGUCCAGCUAACGACCAUGGAAACCUGCCAUCCCCUGCCCUGAUUCUGCCGAGGAAAGCAGACUCUCCCUUCAGUUGGAUGAUCGGCCUGGCUAAUGGGAAAGCGAAAGAAGAAAACAAAGAAAGCCCACAACUGCCUUCGUUGAAGAGCGAGACCAAGCCAGUGGGGUUGUUCAGCUCCUUGGGCUCUUUGUCCAAACCCUCCGCACCGCUCCAGACUUUCAACAGUUUGCUGACGCUCGCUCCCAGCAGCAGCACUUCCACCGGCUCCCUGAGGAACCUCCUGUCCUCCAGCUCCACAAAGUCUGACUCUGGAGCAAAGAGCACCUGCAAUCUCCUGGAUGAUAUAUUUGCCUCUCUGGUGCAAAACAAACCGGCCGGUGACCACCCCAAGCCCCCCAUCCGAACCGGGGAGGUCAGAGAGCUGCCCCGGCCCCCGGCCGGCAAGGUGGUGAUUUUGGGGUCGGACACCCCCCACACCUGGUACUGUGAAGGGCGGCUGCUGUGCUUACAGGAUCCCAGCAACAGGAACAACUGGAACAUCUUCAGGGAAUGCUGGAAGCAGGGCCAUCCGGUGAUCGUGUCCGGUGUGCACACUCGGCUGCGGAAGGAGCUGUGGAAACCCGGAGCGUUCGGCAGGGAGUUUGGGGAACAGGAAGCUGACCUGGUCGACUGCAGAAGCAACACGGUCAUCGCUGGAGCGAAACUCCGGGACUUCUGGGAUGGAUUUGAAGAUAUCUCAAGGCGCCUAAAAACGGAAGAGGGGGAGCCGAUGGCUCUAAAGCUGAAGGAUUGGCCCCCAGGGGAGGAUUUCAGGGACAUGAUGCCCUCCAGGUUUGAUGAUCUGAUGCGUAACCUACCUCUACCUGAAUACACAAAGAGAGACGGCAAACUGAACCUGGCCUCGAGGCUGCCAGAUUUUUUUGUUCGCCCAGACUUAGGUCCUAAGAUGUACAAUGCUUACGGGUUGUUGUCGGCCGAGGACAGGAAGGUGGGAACAACGAAUCUGCACUUGGACGUGUCGGACGCCGCAAACGUCAUGGUUUACGUUGGAAUCCCGAACGGGCAGCCUGACCAUGAAGAGGAAGUGUUGAACACCAUGGUAGACGGUGAAGUGGACGAUUUGACCAUUGAGCGCUUUGUGGAGGGCAGCGAGAGGCCAGGCGCCCUGUGGCACAUCUACUCAGCAAAGGAUGCCGAGAAGAUCAGAGAUCUGCUCAAAAAGGUGGCAGAGGAACAAGGUCAAGAAAACCCCCCGGAUCAUGAUCCCAUUCACGACCAGAGCUGGUACCUGGACCAAGCUCUACGCAAGAGGCUGCACCAGGAGUACGGCGUCCAAGGCUGGGCAAUAGUGCAGUUCCUGGGCGAUGUGGUCUUCAUACCAGCAGGAGCUCCUCACCAGGUUCACAACUUGUACAGCUGCAUCAAAGUGGCGGAAGACUUUGUUUCCACUGAACAUGUCAAACACUGUUUCUGCCUCACACAAGAGUUCAGGCACCUGUCCACCACACACACUAACCACGAGGAUAAGCUACAGGUGAAGAACAUUAUCUAUCAUGCAGUGAAGGAUGCAGUUGGGAUGCUGAAAGCUCACGAGUCCAGUCUUCUCAAGACCUAGGUCCCAAGUCUCCAUCAUUGACUGAAAGCUCAACUCCUUGAACUGUACACCGUUACCUGCGAUUGUGGCAGUUAUUUUCAGGAAAACAAGAAAAUGUGCUCAAGGAAACUUUUUUUGGCAGGGGGUGGGAUUACCCUAGCUUUUUGAGGUUCUAUCUCACAUACACACUUGUUAUCAGCUUUAUACCCUUCCUUCCUUCCUUCCUUCUCAUAAUCUGUGUUAUUUUGCUCCUGUGGGUGUACAGGGUGCCCAACAGGGUGUUACUCCUGUUUUUUUUCAACAGUGCUCUGAUCAAC